CGAGCAGAGUCGCGCGACUCGACAAGCCGAGACUCACUCACUGUGAGAGACGCGUCACAAGGCGCGUCUACCACGUUUUUUUAUUUGCCAUUGUUGUGCAUUAUCUUCCGGCAGUGUUGCUGUAUACUGUGAACUGCUGUAUAUCGUGUACCUGUCAGAGAAGAGUCGAUUAAGCGAACUUUGCUGUUGUGUGUUGCACGUGGAUAACGUAACGUAACGGGUUCAGUGAUAGAAAACCGACGACGACGACGGCAACGACGACGACGACGACGACGACGACGACGACGACGACGACGACGACGACGACGACAACGAGGUGAACCUCGAGGACAGUUUUGGCGAGAGAAUUCCGGCCGUGUCGAGAUCUUGCAGUGUCACUCGGAGCAUAAUUUAAAAGCUACGCUGUGUCGAGGAAAUAAAAGAUUUCUCGUCGAUUCGUGUGGUAGGCAACACUGGUUUUCAGCGUGUGCGUCAAUAGGUGAGCGCAGAUUCGAACCAUCGUCGAUGGCUUAGCACCGUUACGGAAAAAUCUAUACAAACAGGGGUAAAGGAAAAGGAGGACACACAAUGCACCGUAUUCAUUUUAGGCACGUGGCUUUCACAGCUUUAAUUAUUAUACUUAAUAUUUUAACAGGACACGCGAAUUUUCCUCAACAUGGACUAAGAGAAUACAGACCAGUAUCCAGAGGUUCACAUGCGAAAAGGACGCACCCGUGCGAGCAGAGCUCGUGUUAUCCCGCGACUGGAAACUUGCUGAUCGGUCGGAAGGACAAACUGAGCGCUUCAUCGACGUGCGGCCUGAAGGGACCCGAGAGAUUCUGCAUCGUUUCCCAUCUGAAAGAAAGGAAGAAAUGUUUCUUCUGUGACUCGUCGUUUCCCAAACGGCAGCAUAACAUCGAGAACAUUGUCAGCGGAUCAUGGUGGCAAGCCGAGAACGGGGUGGAAAACGUUACGAUACGCUUCGAUCUCGAGGCGGAGUUUCACUUCACGCACAUCAUCAUUCACUUCCAAACCUUCCGGCCAGCCGCCAUGCUGAUCGAACGAUCGACCGAUUUCGGACAGACCUGGCAGGUGUACCGGUACUUUGCUCACAACUGUGAACACUAUUUUCCCGGAAUUCCUACCCAUCAGCCUCAAAGAUUAACGGAUGUCAUCUGCGAGACCAGAUACUCGGCUGUUGCUCCUUCCAGCGGCGGUGACGUGAUCUUCAGGGUAUUGCCGCAAAAUCUGGACAUUGACAAUCCGUAUUCGAAAGAAGUGCAGAAUCUCCUGAAGGUUACCAAUCUCAGGAUCAAUAUGACGAGGCUCCACACUCUGGGCGACGAUCUACUCGACGAUCGAGCCGAGAUACGCGAAAAGUACUACUACGCCAUUCAGGACAUGGUGAUACGUGGCUCCUGCUCCUGCUAUGGACACGCGUCCAGGUGUCUACCGUUGCCUGGGGUCAUCGACGAGGAGAACAUGGUGCACGGCAGAUGCGAGUGCACUCACAACACCAAGGGCCUCAAUUGCGAAAAGUGCGAGGACUUUUACAACGAUCUGCCGUGGAAACCGGCGGUUGGCAAACAGACAAAUGCCUGUAGACGUUGCAAUUGCAACAAUCACACCACGUCCUGCCACUUUGACGAGGCGGUUUACGACAGAUCGGGAAGAGUGUCGGGCGGAGUCUGCGACGACUGCCAGCACAAUACGCGAGGGCAGAAUUGCGAACAGUGCAAGCCGUUCUUUUAUCAUGAUGUGACGAAGGAUAUCUCCGAUUCGGCAGCUUGUCAGCCGUGCAACUGUGAUCUGGGUGGAUCCUUGGACGACGGUAUUUGCGACUCGAGAACCGAUCCUCUCAGCGGUGACGAGUCAGGGCGCUGCCAUUGCAAGGCAAAUGUCGAGGGGCGUCGUUGCGACCGUUGCAAGAACGGCUUUUGGAACUUUAAUCCCGAUAGUCCCGAGGGAUGUCAAGCCUGCACUUGCAACACCCUCGGCACUGUUGACAAUCAGGGCUGCAACACGGUGACCGGCGAAUGUACGUGCAAACGUUACGUCACUGCGCGCGAUUGCAACCAAUGCCUGCCGAAUUAUUGGGGACUCUCCGAGGACCGUGACGGAUGCAAACCCUGCGAUUGCGAUCCCGGCGGCUCUUACGAGGAUUCAUGCGACGUCAUCACCGGCCAAUGCAGAUGCAGACCUCACGUCAGCGGGAGAACUUGCAAUCAGCCGGAGCAGAGCUACUACACCGGCUCGCUGGAUUUUCUCAUUUACGAAGGAGAAUUAUCGAGAGCUAGCGAUAACUGUCAAGUGGUGAUCAAAGAGCCUUAUCGCGACGGCAGGAACAGCACGUGGACCGGCACGGGUUUCAUGAAGGUCCUCGAGGACUCGGUACUAAACUUCACCAUCGACGACAUACGCAAAUCUAUGUGGUACGACGUGAUCGUGCGAUACGAGCCGGUGCAUCACGGUGUCUGGAACGACUUGCAGCUUAUUCUCGAGAGGGACGAUCCGCCAGACCCGAACGGUCCGUGCGCUGAAUGGACGCCCGAGUACGAUCGCUUAUGGGCGCAAUUGCCGAUACGAUCGAGAAGCUCCGUAGCGCAGCCUUCUAUAUGUCUGGAAACGGGAAAACGAUACAAUCUUGUGCUGCAAUUUCGCAAGUUUAACGGCCAAACUGACGUACCUUCUGCUUCGAUCCUAGUCGACUCGAUCGUUCUGAAGCCGAGGAUAGACGUGAUACCCUUCUUCAAAACGCCAGGUGUGGGUGAACUGCGUCGCCAGGAAUACGAACGUUAUCACUGUAACGACUUUUUCAACGACGUCAAUGUCAUGUGGAGCGACAUACCCGAGAUUUGUAGAAAGUAUCAGAACAGCAUCGGUUACUACGUCUUCGAGGGUGCUCAUUCCUGUGAGUGCAAUCCGACGGGAUCUCGCAGUCUUCUUUGUGAGAAUUACGGCGGAAUGUGUCCGUGCAAGCCAAACGUGGUCGGCAGACGUUGCGAUCGUUGCGCACCAGGCACGUACGGAUUCAGUCCCGAAGGUUGUAUCCCUUGCGACUGCGACGGGGUCGGUGCUCUCGAUAACUUUUGCGACGUCGAGACCGGUCGUUGCAAGUGUCGUCGCAACACCUACGGUAGAACCUGUGGUCAGUGCGAACCCGGUUUCUGGAACUUUCCGCACUGCCAACGCUGUGAGUGUAACGGACACGCGGACAGCUGCGAUCCCAAGACCGGUGCUUGCAUCAAUUGCAGAGACUACACCACCGGACAUAAUUGCGAUCGUUGUAUCGACACCUUUUACGGCGAUCCGCGAAUCGGCGUCGAUAUACCUUGCCGAGCGUGCCCGUGUCCAGGCACUCUCGGUUCCGGCCACUCGUAUGCCGAUGGCUGCUCGUUAGAUUCGAUAACGCAAGAUGUGGUCUGCGAAUGCUUCGAGGGUUACGCCGGGCCCCGGUGUGAACAUUGCGCCGAGAAUUACUUCGGCAAUCCUGAGAUAUCUGGCGGUAGCUGCAUCCGCUGCGAGUGUAAUAACAACACGGAUUUACGUCAACCCGGUAACUGCGAUCCGCACAACGGUCGUUGUCUCCAAUGCUUGCACAACACCGACGGUUUCAAUUGCCAAAUCUGCAAGCCUGGCUUUUACGGCAACGCCCUGCGACAGGAGUGUCAGGACUGCAGCUGCAAUGUCUUGGGCACCGACAAGGCUGCGGGACCAUGUGACCACCGUACCGGACAAUGCCCGUGCUUACCGCAUGUCAUCGGACAGCUUUGCGACUCUUGCGAGGAGAAUCAUUGGAGGAUAGCCAGUGGAGAGGGUUGCGAUCCUUGCGAGUGUGAUGCGGUUGGGAGCGUGUCGGAUAGGUGCAAUCCAUACGAUGGCACUUGCGAGUGCAGGCCGGGAUUCGGCGGUAGACGGUGCAACGAGUGUCAGACGAACUUCUGGGGCAACCCGAAUAUCGAGUGCUAUCCGUGUGAGUGCGACGUCAUCGGCUCCGCCAGCCAGCAGUGCGACAGAGAGACCGGAGUGUGCGUUUGUCACAAGGGUAUCGGCGGCGAGAAGUGCGACCAAUGCGACCGCGGCUAUCACGGCGAGGCGCCGCAGUGUAGUCCCUGCGGCGAAUGCUUCGACAAUUGGGAUCUGAUAUUGAGCGGUCUCAGGAACAAGACGGACGUCGUCAUCGAUGAGGCCUCGAGGAUACAGAAGGUCGGUACGAGCGGCGUUUACAGUCAGGAGUUCGACGACAUGGAGAAGUCUCUGAACGAGAUCAAGGCGCUGAUCAGCAACACCACCAUUCGGGGUCAAGAUCUGGACGCAUUGGACAUCCUGGCCGCGGGGUUGGAAAGAAAUAUCUCCGAGUCGGCGCAGCAGUUGGAAAACGUGAACAAUCUCCUGGAGAAUGUCAGCCAAAGGGUCAACCUCGGCGAUGUUGCGCUGAAAGGAUUGAAGAAUCGUACCAACAGCCUGCACGAGGCUGCUGCCGAGCUAAAGGAGAACGCCACUAGGUUGCAAGAGGAGAACGUGCAGGGCGCGUUGAAUGUGACUCAGCAGAUGGCCGAGCAGUCCAGACAGGCCGAGAGAAUGGCGAACGACACCAGCAACGUUCUGGCUGACGCCGAGCGAUUCCGUAAGCAUACCGAGAAUCUUCUGGCAAAGAAUCGCGCUACCGUCGACGAGGCUCAAGAGAGGAACAAAGAGUCCUUGGUGAGGUUAAACGAGAAGCUGAGGGCCUUCGGCAUGACCAUGCCCGGUCUGAAUCUGCAAAUGUGCGGCGACAACGUGACGGAUUGCAGCACCGUCUGCGGUGGCGCGGGCUGCGGCUUCUGCGGCGGAUUGUCCUGCGACGUUGGCGCCGUCACCAAGGCCAAUCAGGCUCUGGAUGUGGCCAAGCAGCAGGCUACCAAGAUCAAAAGUCACAAGGACGAGGCCGAGCAAUUGUUGCGCAACAUGAUUCAGAUGAAGCAAGAUUCAACAGCAGCGAGAUCCAACGCUCAAGACGCUUUCAAUUACGCCUGGGAUGCGCGCAACCGUUCAGCAAACGUUUCCAAGGAGCUCCUGGACAUAACCAAUCGGAUCUGGAGUAAUCUGAACGACGAGCAGCCCACACCGGCUAUGGUGAGGGACCUCGCGAACAAGGUUCUCGAGAAGAACAUACAGCUGGAGCCGGACGAGAUUACGCGGCUGGCCGAUCGCAUCAAGAGUAUCGUGGGCUCGCUCACCGACUCCGAGAAGAUUCUCGCCGACACGAAAGACGACCUCGAGCUGGCUCGCGAGCUCGAGCAACGUGCCAAUCGCGCCAAGGAGGCUGCCGUUGAGAAACAAGAUUCAGCCAGGCAGGUGAUACUGCUGUUGAACGACGCGCAGGAGGCGCAGGAGAAGGCGCAGAACGCCAUCGACAAGGCGGAAGCCGACGUGCUCAAGUCGCAAAAGGACUUGGCCGAUAUCUCCGAUGUGACGACGGCUGCUCAGAUCCAAGCGAACAACACCACCCAGUCCGUGGAGGCUCUGGACACCCGUCUGAAGCAGUUGCAGACGCAAUCGGUGAAGAAUGACUUUGUGCUGACGAAGGAGAUCAGCGUGGAGGCGAAGAAGGUCGCCGAAGAGGCGCGAGUGAUCGACGGCAAGACGAAGAAGCUGUCGGAGGUGUACAAGAGAGCGGACGAGUCGCUGUAUCAACGAGUGAACAAGAGCAAGGGUGAUAUACAGCGGGCGAAGAGGCUGUUGCAACGAGCCUCCGAACUGACUGCGGACACGUCGACCAAGUUCAAGGAUCUGGACGGUAUGGAGAGCGUGUACAGGGACAACGAGAGAUUAUUGAAGGACCUGAUGAGAGACGUGGACGCGCUGACGAUGGAGAUGGAAAGACAUUUGGAGGAGAUUGAGCAGAAGUCGCAGUUGUACAGACAGUGCUCCGCUUAAGAUCGUUCGCAUUACGAUACGCAUUACAGCUGAUCGUCGUCGUAGCUCUUCCGCAGCGCGCUUCAUCUUUAAAGUUGCGCGUUCUAGUUCUUACGUGUUAGGCAUCGCUGAACGCGAUAAAUCUAUUCUUUCUUUCAUCGUUAUUUUGGCUGACACAGAAAUAUCUCCACGAUAUAGAAUAGAUGUUUGCUUCGCGAAUGAGCGCGCGCGCGCGCGCGCGCACACGUGCGUACGCUGCAUCUCGCUGCAUUACUGCGAGAAAUAUCACGUCUUUGCGAGAUCGGUGCUUUAUACAAUUGUGCAAUAGCUGCGGUUCUCCCUUUACUAAUCUUGUAGUAGAAAAAGUGGAUCUGCGUAUACAUAUACUAUAUCAUAUAUAUAAAUUUAUCAUUUAAAAUUUAUUCCCUAAAAAGUAUCGCGAAAAGCCACUAGAUUCUUAUUAGUGCCAUAAAUAGUAAAUGA